GGGUGACGCAAUCUUGCGCAGCCGGCCAGGCGUACGGCGGCAGCGUGUGUCGGAUCACGUAACUUCCCCGAAUGGCCUCCGCAGUGGGACGUGCAUGCGCAGGUCCUCCCCUACACGCGAGGGACGGGGCCAGGGCCACCGCGGCCAAUCGGCGUCGCCUUCGCCGGCGCCGCGCCCCGCCUCCCCAUCCGUCGGGCAGGCUGUCCGUUCCGGGGCCUAGUCCUCGGAAGCUCGGCGGCGGCGGCCGGGCGGUGUGUGCGCGGCCCGCGAGGAAGAGGGCGCUAGGCCUGGGUUCCGAGUCGGGCUCAGGGGCCACGCGCGGGCCGGGAGGCCGCCGGGGAGUCGGGGCUGGCCUAGCUGUCGGCGGGCGAGGGCAGAAGCAGCCACCUGCGGCCAUUGCCCCGCCGACCGGCGGGCGCUGAGGAUCUGGACCGGGCAGAGCUGUUCCUGGGAAGAAGAAACAUGGAGAGUGGUGCAGUUCUGCUGGAAUCCAAGUCCUCCCCGCUUAACCUUCUGCAUGAAAUGCACCAGCUCCGGCUGCUGGGUCACCUGUGCGACGUGACUGUCAGCGUGGAGUACCAGGGCGUCCGGGAGGAAUUCAUGGCCCACAAGGCGGUGCUGGCAGCCACCAGCAAGUUUUUUAAGGAAGUGUUUCUUAACGAGAAGACUGCGGACGGCUCGAGGACUAACGUCUACUUAGACGAAGUGCAGGUGGCUGACUUCGCUUCUUUUCUUGAGUUUGUCUACACUGCAAAGGUCCAGGUGGAGGAAGAUCGGGUGCAGCGAAUGCUGGAAAUGGCAGAAAAGCUGAAAUGUUUGGACUUAUCUGAAACUUGUUUCCAGUUGAAGAAACAGAUGUUAGAGUCGGUACUUUUGGAGUUGCAGAAUUUCUCGGAGUCUCAGGAGGCAGAAGGGAGCAGCGGCUCCCAGGUCUCUGCUGCUGUCUCCCCUGAUGCUCGGGCAGGUGUGGCUGCGGACAGCCCUCUGGCCAACGGCGUCGCGGGUUCCUUGGAUCCCCCAGCAGCAAGAAUCGGCAACAGCCUGUUGCCAGAUCUGCCCUCGAGAAAGUCCAGGGAGAAGCCAGACAAGAGAAAAGAGAUCGCUAAGUCCCCCUACCCCAAGCUCAGAAGGGCUAGCGGGAGGCUGGCUGGGAGGAAGGUGUUCGUGGAAAUCCCUAAAAAGAAGUACACUCGACGACUCCGAGAGCAGCAGAAGAGUGCCGAGCAGGACGCCGGGGACCGCGGGGGCCCCCGUGAGCCCAGCCCAGACGCCGGGGGAACGGUGAAGGAGCUGGUCACAGUCACGAAAGACGAGGAGGACGGUGGGGCUGGGGCCGAGGCGGAAGCAGUGCUGCCGAAGGCGGGGCAGGGGCAGGAGGAGGAGGACGAGGACGAGGAUGAGGACGAGGAGGGGGAGGAGGGCGCGGGGAGGCGGAGGAGCAGCUUCCGGUGCACGCGCUGCGAGAAGGCCUUUCUGUACGAGAAGAGCUUCCUGAAGCAUGUGCGGCACCACCACGGCGUGGCCACCGAGGUGGUCCACCGCUGCGACACCUGCGGCCAGACCUUUGCCAACCGCUGCAACCUGAAGGGCCACCAGCGCCACGUGCACAGCAGCGAGCGCCACUUCCCGUGCGAGUUGUGCGGCAAGAAGUUCAAGAGGAAGAAGGACGUGAAGCGGCACGUGGUACAGGUGCACGAGGGCGGCGGCGAGCGGCACCAGUGCCAGCAGUGCGGCAAGGGCCUGAGCUCCAAAACGGCGCUGCGGCUGCACGAGCGCACGCACACGGGCCACAAGCCCUACGGCUGCACCGAGUGCCCGGCCACCUUCUCGCAGCCCUCAGCCCUCAAGACCCACCUGAGAAUUCACACAGGGGAAAAACCUUUUGUCUGUGAUGAAUGUGGUGCAAGAUUCACUCAGAACCACAUGCUGAUUUAUCAUAAAAGGUGUCACACAGGUGAGAGGCCUUUCAUGUGUGAAACGUGUGGCAAGAGUUUCGCUUCCAAGGAGUAUUUAAAACAUCACAACAGGAUCCACACUGGGUCCAAACCCUUUAAAUGUGAAGUUUGUUUCAGGACUUUUGCUCAGCGGAAUUCGCUUUACCAGCAUAUCAAAGUUCACACAGGGGAGCGGCCCUACUGUUGUGACCAGUGUGGCAAGCAGUUCACGCAGCUCAACGCGCUCCAGCGCCACCAUCGGAUCCACACGGGGGAGAAGCCAUUCAUGUGCAAUGCGUGCGGGCGGACAUUCACCGACAAGUCCACGCUCCGGCGGCACACCUCGAUCCAUGAUAAGACAACUCCAUGGAAGUCUUUCCUCGUCAUCGUGGACAGCUCUCCCAAGGAUGGCGAUGGGCACAAGACUGAGCAGCCCGAUGAAGAGUACACGCCAUCCAAACUCUCUGAUAAAUUGCUGUCUUUCGCAGAAAAUGGCCAUUUUCACAACCUGGCCACUGUGCAGGGCAGCAUGCCUGCCGUGCACGAUGACAGUCCUGCGGACCCGGCCUGUAAGUCGGACGGCCCUGUGGGGUCCCAGGACACGCUGCUGGCCACCACCAUCAACGAGCUUAGUGAGCUGACGCCGCAAACGGACGCGGGCCCACACAGCUCCACUCUGUGACUCACACGGACUAGAGCAUGGGGUCACCUGCCCCGCGGUCCCAGCCUUGCACCUGCACGCAUAAGGGCUGGACGCGAGCGUUCAUCAGGGGUCAAGAAGAACUGUGGGCAAAGAAGUGGGCAAGGAUGGCUUCCGCAGUUUCUUGAAUUUCUGCUAACUUGCACGUCUCUAUCAAUCAAACCGUUUCUCAUGGUUUCCCUUAGAAAUCCUGAUCUGCAUGGUCUCAGCCACACUUUAUCAGCAAACAAGGCAGUUAACAUAACCUCACCUAAUUCUGGUGGAAUUAUCCUAAUGCUUGAUGACCUUGACAUUCCUGAGGCUGGGGUUACUGCUCAGCUUCAUGGAAGUUUAUUUCUGAUACUUUAAAGCUAUUUUUUUACCAACCUGAAGUAAAACUGGGACCACAUAUUUAUUUUCAGCUGUUUCUUUCCUGUUGAAGCCAGUCAGGUGCUCUGGGACACUGGAAUGGGGCUAAAGAGACAGAUGACUGCACUUGUCCCCCUCUGCCCCCCUGUUUGUAGGCACUAAACACUUGUAAAGUAGCUGCUCACAGCACACAUGCAACUAGGAAGUCUGUCAUAAAAUGACCUGAGAUGUGGCUACAGGUUUCAUUUCUAAAAAUCCAAUUUUAAAAAGCUGUCCUACCAAAGACUAGCAGAAAACAGCAUAGUAGUUUUUGUAAAGAGGUGUGAAAAAUUAAGCCAGGGGCUUGAGAACACUUGAAACAUAGUGUAGUUAUUUUAUCCACGAGUAGCACUGAGGUGGUGGUAGCCAAUCUAAGAACACAGAAUACUAGUAGUUUUGCUAGGUUCUUUUGACAAUUUCUGUGAUUUUCAGAAACCCAGCAUUUCUCAUUAACAUGUCAAGACGCUGACACAGGCAAGUCACUGGCGCACAUGUUCCCCCGGGAGCAUGAGUGAAUUUGGCAAAAGGGACCAAAAGCCUCCGUACACUCCUCUUUGAUUAGCCUUAAGAGUGGACCAUGGAACCGCCAACCUUGUUUUAAAUGCACGUCUGUCUCAUGCUGGCCUUUGGUAAUUCUGCUGGCCUUACCCAGCCUGGUUCUUGAUCCAGUGGUGAGGGCGGGUCACUGUGCGCACAGUGCUUUGACUCACGUGACCCAGGUAAAAAGAGAAGGGGAAUUGUCACUAGUUGCUCUUUUUCUUACAUUUAAUUUAUUACACUUGCUGUUUCCUCGUUUUCUAAGAGGAAGGGUACUUUAUGCUAGUCCGGGAAGAAGACACAGCUGCACGAGAUGCCAGAAAAAGACCGAGGACACUUUCUUCCCCAUGAGACGGUGACGUCAACACCGAAGGUGCCGAAGGUGUGAAGGCGUCUGAGGUGCUGACACGGGCUGCAGGUGGCAGUACUGAUUCCACCUCCAGCUGUGACAGCGUGACCCACUUGUGUUCACAGAACAAAACAGUGACUCUCACACACGAUUUACUCGAAAGGAGAAUGAACCUGCCCGGCUAGUGAACUGUUUCUUGGGGUAAAGUCAUCUUAAUGAGAAGAAAUUUAAAUAAUAGAUUAUUUUGUUACCUAUUGGAAUAAUUUUUGUCUUGAAUUUGUUUCUUUAGAAAUUCUACAGAAAACUUUAAUGUGUUAAUAAAUGUUUUGUAAAAAUA